AUGCGCGCCGAAGUAUGGUCUUGGCGAAUUAGGAGUUUUCGCGUUCACUGGAGCCCUACUUUGUCGCGAACUUGGGUGGAUUAACUUUUCGAUGGUACGAUGUUGCGUAUAGUGAGCUGGAAUAUCAACGGAAUUCGGAGCCCUUUGCCAGGAGUUUUUAACGAGGAUCCCGGCAACUGUACUACUAUGGCUUUGGGACGCAUAUUGGAUAAACUGGAUGCUGAUAUAAUUUGUCUCCAGGAAACCAGAGUGACCAGGGAUGCGCUGACAGAGCCCUUGGCAAUCAUUGAAGGUUAUAACUCUUAUUUCAGCUUCAGCCGCAACAGAAGUGGCUAUUCUGGUGUAGCCACCUUCUGUAAGGACAGUGCUACCCCUGUGGCUGCUGAAGAAGGCCUGAGUGGCUUACUUGCCAGCCAGAGUGAGAAUGUGGGUUGCUAUGGAAACAUGGAUGCAUUCACUGAAGAGGAGCUUCGAGACCUGGAUAGCGAAGGUCGGGCCCUCCUUACACAGCACAAGAUUCGCACACAGGAAGGAAAGGAAAAGACCUUGAUCUUAAUCAAUGUGUACUGCCCUCAUGCAGACCCUGGGAAACCUGAACGCCUGGCCUUUAAGAUACGCUUCUAUCACUUACUACAGAUCCGAGCAGAAGCCCUCCUGGCAGCUGGCAGCCACGUGAUUAUUUUGGGUGACCUGAAUACAGCCCAUCGUUCCAUUGACCACUGGGAUUCAGGUAACCUGGAAUGCUUUGAAGAGGAUCCAGGGCGCAAAUGGAUGAAUAAGUUGCUCAGUACCCUAGGGUGCCAGUCUGGGUCCCACCGCAUAGGGCUUUUCAUUGAUAGCUACCGUUACUUCCAGCCAGAGCAAGAGGGUGCUUUUACCUGCUGGUCAACCAUCACUGGCGCCCGACAUUUCAACUAUGGCUCCCGGCUUGACUAUGUACUGGGGGACAGGAACUUGGUGAUAGACACUUUCAAGGAUUCAUUCCUGCUGCCUGAGGUUAUGGGCUCUGACCACUGCCCUGUAGGUGCGGUCAUGAGUGUAUCCCCUGUGCCUGCAAAACAGUGCCCAUCUCUUUGUACCUGUUUCCUUCCUGAAUUUGCAGGUACCCAGCUCAAGAUCCUUAACUUUCUUGUUCGUCUGGAUCAAGAUCCUGUGUUUAAGCAGUCGAUGCUGCCACUCUUCAAUCAAACACAGACAAAGACACACCAAAGUAAAGCUCGUGUGCGAUUAACCAGGCCUCGACAAAGUCAGGUUGACUCCAGCAAAGGCCAGAAAAACUUGAAGAGCUAUUUUCUGCCAUCUUCUCGCUGUUCCCAAGCUUCUCCUAACUUGGAACUUCCUUCCUUGAGUUCCUUUGUGACUCCAAAGAUGCAGAAAGAGGCGAUGAUGGACAAAGUUGGGGAGGGACAGACCAAGGUAUCAGAUUCAAAGAACAAGGAUGAGAAGGAGUUACAGAUCUCAUUCUGGAAAUCUGUUCUUGGGGGGCCCUUGCCCAUGCCCCUCUGUGGGGGUCACAAGGAGCCAUGUGUGAGGAGAAUUGUGAAGAAACCAGGACCAAAUUUGGGUCGCCACUUCUACAUUUGUGCUAGGCCCCAGGGUCCUCCCACUGACCCCUCCUCCCGUUGCAACUUCUUUCUCUGGAGUAGGCCUACCUAAACCAACCUAAGCCUAAGGAUGUCUUGUAUGGUCAACUCUGUACAUGAUCUGAGGCCUGCUUCUUCCUAGGUUGCAUUACCUUCCACCAAGGCCUCUUUCCCUUACACCUUCCUCAAGCAUCCUUACUUUUCCCUUUAUCUUCUUCCUCCAGCACCUCUCUUCCUCUCCCUUUUACUUGUUUCUUCACUGGUGAACUUCUUAAACCUUAAUGCUGUGACCCAGUUCCCCACCUUCUCACCUUGUUAGCAGUGUACAGCAACCAUUCACUAGGAGGUUGUGAUUUUUAAACCCUUUCCUUCCUGGCUGGAAAUGUAUUUA